AAAAUCUAAAAAAACGCGGAUCACGAAGAAAGAGCAAAAGAAAGAUAAAUUGUCAACAGAGAUUCCUCCUCUCUUCGAGAAGGAGUACAGUUUGAUCAAAGAGAUGACGAAGUAAACGCGACGCUCCAGUGGAUUCUCAAGGGACGGAGUGUGUAUCUGACAAGGAUGCGGAGCCAAAAGUCUUCCGUUAUCAAACUCUCAUCGGUUUGAUGCUUUCAUCGCAGACUAAGGAUCAAACAACACACGCGACGAUGUUGAAGUUGCGAGAGUAUGGGCUCACUCCCAAGCACAUCCAGGAAACAUCAGACGAAAAGUUGGGAGAGCUCAUUUGCAAAGUUGGCUUUUGGACCAAGAAAGUGAAAUACAUAAAGAAAACGACGGAUAUAUUGCUAGAGAAGUACGACGGAGACAUUCCGGAUACUAUCGAGGAACUCGUCAAAUUACCCGGCGUUGGCCCUAAAAUGGGCUAUUUGGCGUUGAAAGUGGCGUGGAAUAAGAUAGACGGGAUUGGGGUCGAUGUCCAUGUGCAUCGCAUUAGUAACCGGCUUGAAUGGGUUCACACAAAUACUCCUGAGCAAACAAGAGUUGCUCUGGAAGCUUGGCUUCCCAAGCAGUACUGGUUCGAGAUUAAUUUGCUGUUAGUGGGGUUUGGUCAGCAGAUUUGCAAGGGUUCGCCCAAAUGCAGUGAAUGCAAGCUGCGUAAUAUGUGUCCUUCUUCCAAGUAUAACGUUUCUAGUGAUGAUAUUGAAGACUUGUGGAAUGUUUGUUUUUAUAUUUUAUUAAAGAAACAAGAAAAAGAGACAUAG